AUGGCAGGAAUAGUGUCCGCAGCACCUGUUUCACUGGUGGAGAUUAAGGGAAAGCCUGCGAAGCCUGCAAAGUCGUCGCAGAAUGAAAAGGGGAAGGAUAAGACGCAGAAGGCGAACGAACAACGCCUGGGGAUCCGGGACCCGAUCAUCGCCAAAAAGCAGGGGUCUUCGCAAAAGGGCUCUUGUAAGACCGACGGAAAGCUUCAGCUUUCGAAAUCCACGGAGUCUUUGGCGACGACAGAUUCUAUGAAAGGAGCCGCUUUGGCCGAUCUUUUGGCGUCGGACGUUUCGGAGAUGGACACGAAAUUCUCCGUCACAGCCGCUGCCGAGCCUGCUGAUAGCGAUAAGGUUGAAUCGGACUGCCUGGAGCGGUUACCACACGGCAACUCUGCGUCCGCCAGUAGUCCGGCGAGGGAGGGGACAGCGGAAUUUCAAGGGAAGGACGCAGCGUUGGCUGCAGCAGCAGAUGACCUGGAAAACUGUGACAUUUCUUCUUGGCCAGAUUUUUCGCUGGAUUCAUUCGACGGCGGAGAAAUAGAUGAGCUGGACAUGGCAGGUUCGCUCAUUUUGCCGGAGCUCGAGGAAAUGUCUCAGAAGGACCAGUCGCAAGCAGAGCCGGAAGCCAGUGCCGAUACGCGCCCGUCGGAGACGUCCUCCAAGAGUGUUCAGCAGAGCGAGCAGUACGAGUCGUCGUGCAAGAGCGGGAGCAAGACUUCCACGGGAAAGAAAAAGGCCAAGGUUGACUGGACACCGGAGCUGCACAGAAGAUUCGUCCUCGCGGUAGAGCAGUUGGGAGUUGAGAAGGCCAUUCCGUCUCGGAUUCUGGAGCUCAUGGGAGUGAAGUGCCUCACCCGGCACAACAUCGCCAGCCAUUUGCAAAAGUACCGCUCGCACCGGCGGCAUCUCGCCGCUCGGGAAGCCGAAGCCGCAAACUGGCACAGCAGAAAACCGUCCGAUGGAGUGGUCUGGCCUGGCCAGGCAACAGCAGCACCAGCAACAGCAGCCCCUACUUCAUGGGCUUAUCCUACUACUGCGCCUGCUCCUAGCGGAGCGCAGUCCAAUCCGCCGAUGAUUCAGCCCCGACCCGUGGUCGGAGUGCCGCCGUAUCAGCCGUAUCAGAUGGCUCAGUCGCACAUGCCGAUGGCGCAUCACCAGCCGUCGAUGGCGGCGAGCCCCGCGCCCGCGACGGGCAUGCCGAUGCACGUGUGGGGACACCCGACCGUUGACCACUCGCGGUCGCACAUGUGGCAGCAGCCGCAGCACCAGGCUGCGCCGUCUCCUUAUCCUCCUCCCGCGUGGUUCGCUCCCGACGGCUCAGUCUGGCACUACGCUGGGGUGCAGGCUCCGUCGCCUGCGAUGGACGCGUGGGGACAUCCCACCAUGAUGGUUUCGGGAACGCCCUGCUACCCCCACCAGCAAGCGCCCGCGCUCAGCUACCCUGUGGUGCGUGUUGCUUGCCUCGCCAUCGCCGAUGCCUAA